AUAACAGGAUGUCUAAAAAGGUCAAGCAGCUCGCUAAGGGACUAGCGCGGAGAGCCUCCAUUUUUGGUAGAAAGGAGGACUUAGUGUUCCAGGGCACUAGUUCAAGCUCGAGCAGGCGUAGAGCUUUGUUGGAGCAUGUUCCAGAGUUGCAGGGUCAGGCAGUCGGCGUACAGAGGAAUGAGGAUGAGCCUGAAGAUGAGGAAGAGACAGAGGAGUGGAGACAAGUGGAAGAUGAGGAAGAGACAGGGUGGGGUGAAUGGCCCAAUGAUGGAGGGUCGGGAGUUGGGGGAGCUAGUGGGUCAAGGGAAGGAGAAGCUGGUGUUUCAGGUGGAGGUUCUGGAAGCGGGGGAGUUGGAGGGUCUUCACGGGUCCGGAAGCCGCGGAAGACUAGUUGGGUCCCCCCUCCUAAAGAACCAGUUAACAAGGUUGAGAUAAUCCCGAGUGGAGAUGGGGCUUGGCUGGAUAGUAGUUUCACCGGCAAAGAUCGUGUAAGGCAAGUAAAUAAAGUGUUGGGCAAUAUCUGUCGUAUGAGAUGGCCUGGAUUGGUGAUUGAGAAUGGUAUUGAGGUCCCUGUCACAAGAUGGGAUCAAUACGGCCUUGCGGUUAACGCGCAACAUGGGAAUGCGCAAGGUGCAGUUUGGCACGACUUCUGGGUAUGUUUAUCUAUCUUCUUGCGAAGUUAUCAGCUCAAUGAUUGAUUCAUAUUAUGGAUUCUUGACUAUGUUUCUUUUUCAGAAAUAUUAUAAGUUGCCUGAUGGAGAUACUCAU